CACACGGAGCAGUUGCUUUUGGUUAUUUUAAAUGGAUCUGAUCUCUGCAUGUGAACGGGCAAUGACUCCUGUAGGUUUGGACACCAUAGUGGCAGACCUGGUCUCCACGUCCCCAAAUGCUACUGCAGUGGGAUCACCAGGCAUCUCAGUGGCAACCAUAACCCUAAUACUGCUUGUCUGUCUGCUGCUGGUUGCCUGGAGCCACACAGACAAGAAUACUGUACCAGGUCCUUCUUUCUGUCUGGGAUUGGGGCCACUUCUGUCAUACCUGAGAUUCAUCUGGACUGGUAUAGGCACAGCCAGCAACUACUACAACAACAAGUAUGGAGACAUUGUCAGAGUAUGGAUCAAUGGAGAGGAGACCCUCAUACUCAGCAGGGCCUCAGUUGUGCACCAUGUACUGAAGAAUGGACAUUAUACUUCACGUUUUGGGAGCAAGCAGGGACUCAGCUGCAUGGGCAUGUAUGAGAGAGGCAUCAUAUUUAACAACAAUGUAACUCUGUGGAAACAGAUACGCAACUAUUUCUCCAAAGCCCUGACAGGUCCGGGCUUGCAGCAGACAGUGGAGGUUUGUGUCUCCUCCACACAGACUCACCUGGACGACCUGGACAAGUUGGAUAAUGUGGAUGUCCUCAGUUUGCUGCGCUGCACAGUGGUCGACAUCUCCAACAGACUCUUCCUGGGUGUACCUGUCAAUGAGAAAGAGCUGCUGCUGAAGAUUCAGAAGUAUUUUGACACAUGGCAGACUGUGCUGAUCAAACCAGACAUUUACUUCAAGUUUGACUGGAUUCACCAGAGGCAUAAGACAGCAGCCCAGGAGUUGCAAGAUGCCAUAGAGAGUCUUGUAGAACAGAAGAGGAGAGAUAUGGAGCAGGCAGAUAAACUGGACAUCAACUUCACUGCAGACCUCAUAUUUGCACAGGUUUGUCUGAGAACUGAAUCUCCUCCAUUUCUUUCUCAGAUUUCAAAGAAAAGCUGCCAAGUAGAGCCAUUCAACUUAUUCACAUUUAUGUGUUUUCAGAACCGUGGCGAACUGACUGCUGAGAAUGUGAGGCAAUGUGUGUUGGAGAUGGUGAUUGCAGCACCAGACACUCUGUCUGUCAGCCUCUUCUUUAUGCUGCUGCUCCUCAAACAGAAUCCAGACGUGGAGCUGCAGCUGCUGCAGGAGAUAGACACUGUUGUAGGUGAAAGACAGCUUCAGAACGGGGACCUUCAGAGGUUGCAGGUGCUGGAGAGCUUCGUCAACGAAUGCUUGCGCUUCCACCCUGUGGUGGAUUUCACCAUGCGUCGAGCCCUGUCUGACGACAUCAUAGAUGGCUACAGGGUACCGAAGGGCACAAAUAUAAUUCUGAACACCGGCCACAUGCACCGGACAGAGUUUUUCCUCAAACCCAAUGAAUUUAAUCUGGACAACUUUAAAAAAAAUCCUCCUCGCCGCUACUUCCAGCCAUUCGGUUCAGGCCCUCGCGCCUGUGUUGGUAAGCACAUCGCCAUGGUGAUGAUGAAGUCCAUCCUGGUGACGUUGCUCUCCCAGUACUCUGUUUGCCCCCAUAAGGGCUUGACCCUCGACUGCCUCCCACAGACCAACAACCUCUCCCAGCAGCCUGUAGAGCAUCAGCAGGAGGCCGAACAUCUCAGCAUGAGAUUCUUAUCCAGACAGAGAGGUAGCUGGAAAACACUCUGAGACCUUUGUUUUCUUCAUUUGUAUCUAUACAUUUAUACAGAAUACAUACUUACAUACUAUAUGAUCUUCAUUACUUCAUUCAUAUUAUCUUAUGACUGUACAAAGCUAGUUUUAUAUUUUAUAUGUAUUAAAAUUGUAUUUCUACUUGAGCUAUUAUGUGAAAUGUACGUUUGGACAUGCUAUUACUGAAGUAAAUGUAAAUUAUUGUGCCAA